AUGUCGUCGUUCGAGUCGCGCGACUGUCUAUCGCAAGCUUUCGUUGCCGCUGACGACCGCGUUGCCACUCAAACGCGAUCUCUAAGACUCACCAAGGACGACAACACCGAGGAAAGAGGAGUGAGGCGAAGUCACUAUGGUCGAAACUCGUAG